AUGCUCUCUGAGAUAUAAAAUUCAAGCAGUUAAAACUCCUUCUCUAUCACGAACAUCAUAAAAGGAAUUGAAAAUAAAAUAAUCGAUGCAGAUGUGUAUGGGUAUGAGAUCAAACUAUAGUACAAAGGAUAAACUAAAAAUAAGACCUUAUUCGGAGGAAUCUUGACAUUUUUAACCGUUUUCUUGGUUUUAAGUUACUUCAGUCUCCAAGCAAGAGAGGUAAACAAUGACUCUAACACAGUAAAAUCUCUAAGUUCAUCGCAGGACUUUAGCUCUUAAUCUUUUAAUAUUACAACAAAGAACUUCGAUUUUGCAUUGAGAAUUUAGAGAAUGAUAAGUAAUGAGACAUAGAUUGAGAAUUUUAUCAGAUUUUUUUCUUUCAAAGCUUUUUAAAAAUAAGAAUAAACUACCAAUAACUAAAAUACUGGUGCUGUUACCUUUUUCCCACAAAAUAUACCAAUAGAUUUAGUGAAAUGCGAUGAUAGUAGAUUAAUGGGUGAUUCAGUAUAUUAGAGCGACCUAUAAAUUUACAGGAAUAAUCUUUGGCUUUGUCUGACCAAAGAAUUCAACUUACUCGUGGAUAAGUCAAAUUUCUAAUUUGGAAUAAGUAUUGAAAAGUGCAGUUAAAAUGAAUUAGAUUUGAAGUAUCCUGGUCUGAAAUGUGAUAAAAACUAAACCUUAAUCAAUAUGUUUUAACAGAGCACGAACAUUUACUUGUAUAGUACAAACAGCUUUUUUGACAUCUUCGAAUUCUAAAACGAUCCCGUAAAAGUUAUAAUAGAUGAGAACAGUUUCAAAAUGGUACCUGGAUCUACUAAAAAUAUCAAGUAUCGCUUAAGUUAUGACUAAGCAAGAGGGAGCACAUCUAAAAUGAUCGAAAGUCUUGACAAAUUUAACUAUAGGUUUCUUUCAAGUGAAUUAUCCAGCGAAACAGCAGAUAAUUCUACAAGUUAGGACUAGUUCAUUAAAUUUGAGUUUAUUAUGAGCAAUCAACUAUCCAUUACUGAAAGAAUAAAUAAAAACUUUCUAGGAGCUCUAUCUCAAACAGGAGGAAUCAUGAGUAUAGUAGUAGCAUUUUUUACAAUCCUAUCCAAAGGAAUAUAAGAAUUCUUGUUUUAUUCAAGUAUUAUUGCUUCCAUUUUCAUGACAGAGAAGUAAUAGGAUCCUAAGAAAGAAAAAUUAAGCUUUAAAGAGAAAAUUCUAGCAGCAUAAAAAUCCCAAUAGAAACACUAUUCACUUGAAACAGUGGAUGAUCCAACAUAAUUAAAUUCAGCAAGAAAUUUGACUAAUUCGCGUGCACUGUAGGAGCAAACAAUUAGAAGUGGUGGAUCAGUCAAGCAAAAUCGUAAAAGUUUCUCUGAUAAGAUAAAAGGUUGGAUUCCUUAGAGAUUCAAGAGGUAAAUGACCUUUGAAAUCAAUGAUAAUAAGACAACUAUAGUUCAUAGUAAGGAAACAGAAGCAAAAUAAUAGAGCAUAAGAGAUUUUGAAAAUAAUAUAAAUGCUCCCUAGACUGUUAGGAAUAAUAAUAUCAAUGAUCAAGUUGAUGAGUAAGUAGUCAGAGCAGAAUAUUCUCUAAAAUAGGAAAGAUUUACAAAUCUAAGUCUUAACGAAGCAGUCAUAAAUACGAAAAAUAUCAGUUAAAAUCACAUUGAUAAUUAGGAUUUAAAUGAAAAUGUUUUAAUUCAAGACAAGCUAAAUUAACUAAAUGUCUACGAAAAUUAUUUAUCCCUUAACAAUACUCAGGACUAUUUGAAUGGCAAGUUUUCUGAGAUAUCUUAACAUGCAUAGUUCAAAGAUAGAUUAAGAAUAGAAAAUGAAAAUAUGAAUGAUAAUGAGAUACUCUAAGAAUACAUCAAACAAGAAUAAAAUCAGAACAACUUCAUUUGCUAAUUUACAUCACCUAGAGGGUGUUUUUAACAUCAAAUUAAUUUGGAGGAAUAUAACUCCUAAAGAGUGACUUAAAAUAAUAGCCCUGAAAGACUGAUUUUAUCUAAUUAGGACGAGGAUAAAUAGGAAUGUGAUUCUAGUAAAAAGUUGGUAGAUGAUUAAAAUCUCAUAGAAAGCCAGACUUAGCCAAAGAGAUCAUUUAUUGAAAUUCUUAAGAAGUAAAUCUCAGCACAAGCAGAUAAUUAAAAUUCAGCAGCUAAUCUCUAAGACAUACAUUAAUAAGCAGUAAAUUAAUAAGAAUAAACCCUUAAAAUUGAAAAUUAAAAUAAUUAUGAUGCUUAGAAGUCGAAUGAACACUCUACUUUAGCUAGAGAAAGAGCAGAUAGUGAACAUAAAAAAUUUUAAACUCUUGGAGUAAAAGCUUAUAUGGCAUUAUUGACUGCAAUCAAAUAUCGUUAAUCUUUCAUGUAUGUCUUGAAAGAAGAGAUAAAAGAUUUUCUAAAAAACAAGUUUUGCUGUCGACCCAGAAGUAAGGAGCAUAAAAUGUAUAUGAUUGGAAAGUAAAAAAUAGAAAAGCAACUUGAUAUUUCUAAUCUUAUAAAGGAACUGAGAGUUUUGAAACUUGUGUCUAAUGUUUAUCUUAAUAAGCAUCAAAGAAAGCUGGUUCCAUUCUUUAAAAAGAACAUGCUGUCCUAAAAAUUAAGCAGAUAAGACAUUAAAAAGCAAGAGCAAAAUAGAAUGCUAAUGAAAAAACAAAACUAUUUGCAUAAUGCAUCAGAUAAUUUAUUGGAGUUGUUCACAGAUUGUAGAGCAGAUAAUAAGAAGAGUUAAAGAAUACUUGAUUGCCUUAAUGGCUAGUCUUUCCCUGAUGAAACUCAUCAAAGAACUUUGAAGCAAAAAAUGUUCAGAGGCAUAAUGAGAGAAUAUGCAGUUAAUUAAGUUUUGAAUCGAUCUGAGUUUGAUGUAGGCUUAGAUAGAUAAGACACUGUAGAUCAAGAGGAUAUUGAGAUUGAUAUUAGUCCAUAGGGCCCUGAAACAGAAUCUAAUUCAUUUGGUAUUGAAAUUGAAAGGGAAAUAGGAAUAGAGGGUAAUGUUUAAAAUUAGAGAUAAUUUGAGCUAAUAACUUCGCUUAACAGAUAAAAGUGA